AUGCCUGAAUUCGGCGUAGGAGUGCUCCUGCCUGCCAUUGUGCAGGCCGUCGAAUGGACAACCCUACCACACGAAUUCCGUCGCCCGGGCUUCUCAGAACAUUCAAUCAAUCAGAAACGAGGGAAACCACUCGACUCAUUCUUAGAGGGGCCCAUAUACGUCUCCUCGCUGGAUCUUCUUUUUGUCACAGAUAUCCCAUGCGGCCGUAUCUUUUCCAUUGACUCCAAUGCAAACUGGACCCUCGUUACGGAGUAUGAUGGCGAGCCAAACGGUCUGGUAUGGAACCACAUCACCAAAAAAAUCGGCAUCGCCGAUUUCAAACAAGGCAUACUCGAGGAUGACCCCAUCAGCAAGGAACUCAAGACCAUCGUAGCGCGAUUCCAGGGUGAACGCCUGAACGGACCCAAUGACCUCGUUAUCUCUGCCGACGGCGUGAUCUACUUUACUGAUCAAGGGAUGACCGGUCUUCAGGAUCCAACUAGUAGAGUCUUCCGUCUUUAUCCUGAUGGACGUUUGCAACUACUUAUUUCAAAUGGGCCAUCGCCGAAUAGGCUAGUUUUGAGUCGAGAUGAGAAGGCCCUAUUCGUGGCGAUGACUCGGGAUAAUGCCGUGUGGUAUGUCCCUCUUUUAUCUGAUGGUUCUUAUGGUAUUGGUGGCCCAGAUGGCAUGGCACAAGACGCCGAUGGAAAUAUUUUGGUGGCGCAUUCAACUCUGGGACUGUUCAUGAAAAUUAAGAGCCCUAGAGGGGCUCAUACAACGAAUCUUACAUGGGGCGGCCCGUCAAUGAACGUACUCUAUAUAGUUGAAAGUGAGACAGCUGCGAUAUUGAGGGUUGACUGGCACUGUCAAGGAUGGUUGAUGAAACUGGAUAAGGAGGAAAACUUUUGGACAAAAUAA